UCCAACCGCAGUGGACCCUCGUGCGGAGGCUACUUGAUACUGCGCUUUGCAGGCUUCUAUAGCAGCAGUGUGAUGCAUAGCCUAGGUGUGAUGUCCUGCUGAUGCACAUGCUUGAAAAUAACGCAGCUGAGUUUGUCUAUUUGUGAUGGUUUUUCUACUUUUCUCUUAUCUUGAAUUCGCAUUUGACGCGCCGAAUCUGGUCAUUUGUUCGCGACUGAAUUACCGUUUCCAAGAGUGGAUGCUGGCUACAUGUGUUGGUGCAUUUGUAGGAUUUCUACAUUCUGAAUGAAAUGCAGGUCUGGUAAACCCAGUGACACAGUCCAUUUGAGAUGUCCGAAAUCCAUAAUUAUAAUCAAAGUCGACCCAGCAGCACACGUGGCAGUGAUUAUGUGUGGCAGUAUGAAUAUUAUGAUGAUGACGAGCCCGUGUCUUUCGAGGGUCUCAAGGCUCAUCGAUACUCCAUCGUCAUCGGCUUCUGGGUGGGACUAGCCGUGUUCGUCGUCUUCAUGUUCUUCAUCCUCACCCUGCUGACCAAGACAGGAGCCCCGCACCAAGAAAACCCGGAGCCGUGCGAGAAGCGCCACCGGCUGGGGAACUGCGUCGUGGACAUCCACUGCCCCCAGGGGGACUCCCUGGCCGACGAGGACAAGGCCUUCUCGCGCCCCCUUCUGGACGAAUCACGCUCCUUCUUCUACAUCAGCAAGGAGAAGCAGGGGAGAGGGGGUGGAUGUGGGCCGCAUAGGGUCCGUGGGAGUCUGGGAGGACGCAGCUCCUUCGGGUUGGAGGAGAUGGGGGAGGCGGGGGAAGCCAGCGAGCGGGGAGACGGCGGUAUCGACCUCCAGGGACUUCCAGAGGAGGGAAAGUCAGAGAGGGAACACAGCUUCCUGUCGCACCACUUCGACAUUCCCAACUUUGUGAACUCAGAGCACAGCUCAAUGACGGGAGAGGAUGAUCUGCUGCUCUGUGAGCCGCCCGCCCUCCUGGACAGCCAAUCGUGCGUUCAGGAUGGCCACCACGUCAUCAGCUGAGGCCCCGCCCCAUCCACAUACAUCAUUGACAUCAUUAUUGGAGAUAUGUUACCAUAGCUGCAGAUGAAUGGCAAUACUUGAGUUCCAAAUGGCCUCUUCUCAUUUAUUUUAUAGGAGUGUGGACUAACAGGUACUGUAAAGUCACACUGACCUCACCCAUGACUACCAGGGUUGUGUUCAUUAGGGCAUGCAACAAAAAACAUUUUGUUGCAUAAAAACGAACAUUUGUGUUUCUUAUGGACAAUUCCAGUUAGUCCCGCCCUGUUUCAGUCCGUUUUCCUGUGUUUGGUGACUCAUGAACAUGACCUAGCUCUUUUCCAUCUGGCUAUUGGCUGAAAAUCACCAUCAGCCCCUGGUGAACCUUACUUGUUAGCUUGUACUAAUAGGUUGACACAGGGUGACAAUGUUUUCUGCAAGGGAGAAUAUUCUCAAGUGGAAACUGCAGCGUCUUUUUUUGAACCUUUAUUUAAGCAAGUUAGUUAAGAACAAAUUCUUAUUUACAAUGAUGGCCUAGGAACAUUGGGUUAAAUGCCUUGUUCAGGGGCAGAACGACAGAUGUUUACGUUGUCAGCUCGGGGAUUCAAUCUAGCAACCUUCCGGUUACUAGACCAAUGCUCUAACCACUAGACUUCCUGCCGCACCAAACCAUCACAUUAUCUUAAUGGCUAACUCAUGAAUUCAUUUUAUAAGUAUGGGCUGGAUGACACUACACUGGAGAGAUGAGAUGCCUCUUUAUGAGAAACCAUCUCAUAAAGAUUGAAUGAAAAAGCAGAGAGGGGGUUGGAGAAGAGCGAGAGAGAGAGACUGUGUGGAAUACAUAUUGAUGAACACUGGUCUUCCGUUGCCCUUGUCGUAUCUUGACUGAGAAAUGUUCCAGACAGAAACAUCAUCAGACACUAAAGAAGCAGGUUCUAAACGUAUAAAUGCAUGUAUAAAUACUGUUCAUGUAUAGAUGAUUAUACAGGUAAUAUAAACCAUCA